AUGCGCGCGGCCUCCUCCCGGCACCUGUGGGAGCCGCGGCCCUGCCUCUCCGAGCACCUGCGAGCGCUCCUGCUCCUCCGACCCGCAGCGGGGCGUGGGCGGCAGAGGGGGCGGCGGACCGGCCUCUCGUCCUCUCCGCCUCUCCAGGCCGCGCGGAGCCAGCGCUCCGGCUCCCGGCUGCGAGGGGCGCGCGCGGGGUGCGGGGAGGGGGGCGGGCGCGUGCACACGGGGCGUUCUCGGGCGCGCGCCGCCUGGCCGGGUCUGCGGACGGGCUGCGGAGCGGCUGCGGCUCCCCCCGGGCCCCCCUGCCCCGCGCCAGCCCACCGGGCGCUUCACGCCUUCCGGGACCGCGGCCCACGCCCCCACCCGAGCCCGAGCCCAAGCCCACGCGCGGGGGCCGCUUCCUGCGAGGAGGCGGAGACAGGUGCCCGCGGGCGCAAACGGGGGAGUUUUGUGCGCCUAUUUUUUGGUAAAAGUAGAGGCGAUGCGUUGUUGACAUGUUUAGUGGUUAAAAACCUAUUGCCAAAUUCUCACAGAUUCCAGAAUUUUUUAAAGUUUACAACACGAGAGUGGACGAAACGUCGGAGCUUUUUCUCAUAUCCAGAAAUGUGGCCUCUGCCUCCUACCCGGGCCCAGCGGGUCCAGCGGCGCAGACGGGGCUCAGGGCGCUGAGGACCGAGCCAGGAUAGCAGAGUUCCAGCUGCUCCCAGACUGGGUCCUAAUUAACACUGGACCCCUGCUGAGAUGGAAUCUUGCUCUGUCACCCAGGCUGGAAUGCAGUGGUGCAAUCUCGGCUCACUGCAACCUCUGCGUCACCGGUUCAAGCAAUUCUCCUG